CAGCAGAUAUUCACAAAACUAUCAGUGGCUCUGUGCUGUGUGGUUGUCCUUGCCCAACCAAUUUGGGCAUGUGACACCACAUCGUCCACGACAACCACCUCGAUGGACUGGUGGCAAACGGCACAGUUCUAUCAGAUUUAUCCCCGAUCUUUUAUGGACUCCGACGGCGAUGGUAUUGGUGAUCUGAAUGGCAUUACCAGCAAGCUGGAGUACCUCAAGGACCUUGGAGUAACCGCUGCCUGGCUCUCACCCAUUUUCACUUCUCCCAUGGUGGACUUUGGUUACGAUAUUUCGGAUUUCUUUGACAUUCAGCCGGAGUACGGAACCCUGGAUGACUUCAAGGCCUUAAUCAAGCGGGCCAACGAAUUGGACCUUAAGAUCAUCCUGGACUUUGUGCCUAACCAUUCGAGCGAUGAAAAUGAUUGGUUUGUCAAGUCUGUGAACCGGGAGAAGGGCUAUGAGGACUACUAUGUGUGGCAUGAUGGUAAGACCAACGCCGAGACUGGCGAGAGGGAGCCCCCUUCAAACUGGCUCCAGGCUUUCCGGGGCAGUGCCUGGGAAUGGAAUGAUGUGCGUCAGCAGUACUACCUUCACCAGUUUGCCGUCCAGCAGGCUGACCUCAACUAUCGUAAUCCCUUGGUGGUGGAGCAAAUGAAGCGGGUCUUACGCUACUGGUUGGAUCUCGGAGUAGCAGGCUUCCGGUGCGAUGCUGUGCCCGUCCUCUUCGAGAUCGAGCCGGAUGAGAACGGACAGUAUGCCGACGAAGAGGUGAGUGGCCUGACGAACGACACCGAAGCCCGUAAUUACCUGAAGAGCGACCUGAUAGAGAACCUUCCGGAAACCAUUGACAUGGCGUAUCAGUGGCGAGUGGUGAUGGACGACUACCAGCGUAUCCACGGAGGUGAUACGAGAGUAUUGCUAAUCGAAACCUACGCCCCACCCGCCUACACGAUGCAGUUCUAUGGCAACCGAUCAGUGGCCGGUGCCCAUUUGCCCUUCAACUUCAACCUGAUCACUGUUCUGGCAAGCGAUGGCUUCUCGGCAAGCUCUAUCAAAACUGCUGUGGACAACUGGUUGGACAACCUGCCCGCCGGACGCACUGCCAACUGGGUGAUUGGCAACCACGACCAGAGAAGGGCAGCCAGUCGGUAUGGAACCGCAAAUGCGGAUGCCAUGAAUAUGUUAGUUAUGAUCCUGCCGGGAGCCAGUGUGACCUACCAGGGCGAGGAGCUAGGCAUGACUGAUGGCGAUAUUAGCUGGGAGGAUACCCAGGAUCCUGCGGCCUGCAACUCAAACCAGGACAUCUAUGAGCAGUUCACCCGUGAUCCUUCGCGCACCCCCUUCCAGUGGACGAGUGGCACAAAUGCAGGAUUCUCGACUGCGGCCAAGACCUGGUUGCCCCUGGCGGCGGACUACGAAACUGUAAAUGUGGAAACAGAAGCCGCAGCACAGCGCUCCCACCUCAGUAUCUACAAGGCCCUGGUAGCCUUGCGAAAAUCCUCAGUUACGCUCCAAAAUGGAUCCACUAAGUACGGAAUUAUUUCAGACAAUGUAUUUGUGGUGAAGAGAUACCUUUCCGGCUCUGAUUCCAUUAUAUACGUGGCCAACUUGGCCAGCAAGGGUGUGACUGUGAGCUUGCUCGACUUUGACACGACCCUGCCCACGCAUCUGACACUUCUCAUUCGCAGUCUGCAAUCCGCCAAGGCGGAGGGUUCUCUGUUUGAGGUCAGUGGACUAAGUCUGGCUGCCGGCGAAGCCUUGGUAUUGAACAGCAGUAGUAGUAGCAGCAGCAGCUAAAGUUCUUCCUGGUUCGAUUAGAUGGAAUUUCCUAUCCGAUACACUUGAAAAAAGCAAACUCGGUCGGGCACUCAAUUGGCAUUUAUCUUUGGCUCUUGGGCAAAUAUGCUGUGGCUUGCAUAAAUAAAUAAAUAAAUAAGUAAAGAACCAGACAAA